AGGUCACUUUAGAUAAAGUGACCUAACUGUUUAUUAUUAAUUUUUAGUGUUUUAAAUAUAGUAACAUUUAAAUAUGUUGAUUUGGUAGAAUCAUGGCAUCGUUAGGAACAUUUCCUUACCUGCUGUGGCUGUUACUACUGGCGGUUGGUGUAAUAAUUUCAAGCCUGCAUCCAGUUUUUAUAAAUCUUGGCAAACAAAAUGGUAAAAUACCUUUCAGUUCUGCUUCUGUGGCUCUUCUUGUAGAAUUCUUUAAGCUUCUCAUAUCUGCUGGUUUUGUCCUGAAAGACAUUUUUACAUAUGAAAAAUUCACCAUUCCAUCGCCACGUAUCAUCAUGCUGUACUCUGUGCCCGCUAUCUUGUAUACUGUAAAUAACAACCUCAUCACACAUAUUCAAUUAUAUAUGGAUCCAUCUUCAUUUCAGCUACUGAAUAAUUUAAAAAUAGCAGCCACUGCAAUCUGCUACUUUUUCAUAAUAAACAGACAUAUAUCCAGAAGAAAGUGGUUUGCUGUUUUUCUUCUGUUUGUCUCUGGUGUAGUGAACAGUAUUGGUGGAUUACGUUCUGAUGAUGACACUAAAACAAAAAGCACCCUGUACAUAACCUUCACUGGACUGUAUCUUGUUAUCAUUUACUGUGGGAUAUCUGGACUGGCUGGAGUUUAUACAGAAGCUGUUUUGAAAAGAUACAAAACGACAUCCAUUCAUCUUCAAAAUAUUAUCUUAUAUGCUUUCGGUAUCUUAUUAAAUGCUGCAACCUUCUUCUUCUCAUCGACGCCAUCAUCUGGAUUUCUUGACGGAUUCUCUAUUUGGACAUGGUCGAUUGUUGUUACGCAGGCAUUGAAUGGUAUAAUAAUUUCACUCGUGUUAAAACAUUCCAGCAACAUCACACGCUUGUUUAUGAUUGGUGCAUCUAUGGUCCUCACGUCCGUCUUUGCGUACUUUAUAUUCGGUUAUAGUAUUCAUAUUUAUUUUUUCAUUUCAUUUUUAAUUGUAAUUAUUGCGCUAUAUUUUUAUCAUGAACUUCGUGUAGAUGUAACACGAAAAUUGAAUAUUUAGUUUAGUUUAUUAUUAUUUGUUAAAAUUGUCGAGGGAACGUUCAACGCGAUAAACUUUUGAGAGCAGAUGUUUUUGUUUAAAAUUUUUUUUAUAUUGUUUGUUUUAAAAAAUGAAACUUUUGAAGCUCUUGUCGAAGUUAUAUUGGCAGAACCUUCAUUUGUAACGGUGUGUAUUUUAAAGAGAAUUCGUUUCAAGGAAAGAACGUUCUAUCAGAAUAAGAUUUUAAAUAUAUAAUUUAAUUUAUCUUCUUUUUAUUGAGUUUUUGUAUUCGUUAAUCAAGUAUUUAUAAUAACGUACGCACUUCAACUUUAUGUUUUUGUUACAUCAAAUGUCGAACUGGUGGGAAAAUAAUAAGCGCCAAUGCAAUAAAGAGUGAAUCUAAUUCAAGCAGAUAGCAAAACAAUUUGCUGAACAGUAAAAGCUUGCGUGUAUUCCAUAGAACACUUACAGACAAUAUAGUCUUAAUGGGUUGUUACAACAGGGAAUUAAUGUUUAAAUACAUUGUAAAAGCAAACACUAGCUGCGAAGUGAAAGUUUAAAAUUAUGAUAAAUAUAGUUUACACGUUUUGCUAAGCUUACAAUUGUCUAUACUGUAAGUAUGUAAGUGUGAAGGAGCAUGAAGGCGAGUUUGUUAAUAAUGGCGAAUGUAUGGAUAUAUGGUAAUCAUCACUUAUGUAUUGUAACCUUAACUGAUGCAGAUUACGGUUAUUUUUUUCGUAAUACCCCGUGUGUGUAUGGUGACAAACUUGCUCUCACUGGAAAAUUCGCGAAAGAAAAAUAUUUGUUCAAGAUCGGAGAUGUUGGAGAUGGCGGGUGUAUGUGAUUGUGGGGUCACAACAUAAUGGGAACAGACAAAAACCAGAACAAAAUCGUGUCUUCAAGGUUGUUUUUCUCUUUCUGGCAAGAAGAGGGUUAAUAUUUUUUUCUUUAGAAAAGUUAUAAGAACAUAAACUCGAAGGAAGCACGUUUCAGAGAUUCUCAGAUUUUAUACGGGGAACUUAUUAAGGAAGAGAAGGGUCGGUGAUUUCGUUUAAAUUGAUAGUUGGUGAUAGUGUUAAUGAAUUGAAGUUGGUGAAUUUUUAUUUUGGGGCCUAAAAUAAAAGACGCAGCAAUACAUAGAGA